AUGGGAUCGACACACAAGCAGUGGAGACGAAAGGGAAGUGGCGCUAACAGGGGCGUGAGGAAUGGGCUGCUAUCCUGGAUAUCACAACUAGCAAAGGGAGAGUAACACGGCGUGACGGCGACCAGCUGGGAGGGAAUAGUGUCGAGGAAGGCGGGCGCGCUUUCAAGAAGAGAGAGAGAGAGAGAGAGCGAGCUCAAGAGAAUCGAGAGACCCGAUAAACUGCACACAGCAGCAGCAACGCCAGAAGAAGACCUGCCUCACCGGGAAAAAAAGCACAUAUUGGCGACACGCAUACCAUGGACAUGAUGGGCUCCUUCGGAGUGUACGGCGGUGACGUCGCCAACGCUGGAUUGUACAACGACGUGGCCAUGGCCAACCUGCCCCGUACCAUCGCCAUGAUGAACGGAGGCUUCAUGGGGAUGCCGUCCACAGCAUGCUGGGAGGGCGUGAACUACGCCAACAAGAGAAGCCGGAUCGAUGCCGCUGGCUCCGGCUCGGCGUCGUACUCCUCGUCCUCUGCUGCGUCACACUCCGAGACCGAGUCGUCCUCCAGCGUUGACGAGAAGAAACUCAUGGACAGGGAGCGCAACCGCAGGCAGGCCCGCAAGUCUCGAGAGCUCAAGAAGCAGUGCGCGGACAAGAUGCAGCAGCAGCUCAUCCAGCUUGAAAAGGAAUCGGCCGAAGCUGCGGCUAGGGAGAAGGAGGCUGCCAAGAAGCUCAAAGACUGCCGUACCGCUCGCUGCCAGGCGUUACGCAAGGUGUUCGACCUCCGCGCGGAUGGCUGCACCGACGAGGCCUCGUGGCUGGAGGUGCUGUCGCCGGACCUCCGGAUGACCAUGCCGAUCACGCCGUACCGUUCCUUCAACCCCGCCGAUGUGGUCAACAACCGCCGCGUGUUGCUCGGCGUGGACGGGAUGAUCUCCGACACCCAGAGCCUCUCCGUCCUGCUGGACAACAUCGGCGUCAAGACUCGCCUCUACGAAAGCCCCGUGUCGAUCAAGUUUACCCUGGCCUCAGACGCCGACGAGGGGGGGGCGUUCUUCAGCCGGGACGGCCUUAUGUGCUCCUUCACCAUGCGCACGCUCGACGCCGUCAAGCAUGCGGCCAGGCGAGAAUGGGAGGUAAACGGUAUGGUCCGCGUGCGCUUCAACAGCGACACCAACAAGAUCGAGGAGCUGGACAUGACGUUCGACGCGAUCUCGUGCUACCAGCAACUGAUGCUGGCAAGCGGCAAGGAGGAUUUCCCCCCGGUGCCGAACACCCUCGACAAUGCCCUCAAGGACGAGACGUCGCCCAUCGUUGUCACCACGGCCGCGCGGCCGUUCCGCAUCACUCACGUCAACAAGGCGUGGACCGAGCUGUGCGGCUUCGAGCUCGAGGAGUGCGAGGGAAAGAGCCUCUCCAUCCUGCAGGGUCCUGAGACAGACAUGACGCGUGUGGACAAGCUGUGCAAGCUCUCGCAGAAGGGCUACGCGACGUCGAUGGUGGUGACCAACCACAACAAAAAGGGGGAGCUGUUCCGCAACCACCUCCAGUGCUACCCGGUGUCGAGCGACGAGCCCGGCGAGAUCUCGCACAUCGUCGGCAUGCUCACGGCCAUCCCCUCCGAGAACAAGAACCCUCGCGCUUCCUCGACCCUGCCCGGCGGUGGAAGCGUUCUAGGCAGGCGGUGAGAUUCUGUUCCGUAAGUCUUGGAGCCGGAAAAUUAACAACAAAAAGUAGAAGGAGGCGUUUCUCGAAGAGCUGCUCGCGCAAGGCGAGAGCAGCAGCGGCGGCGGCAGUAGCGGCGGCGGCGGGUGGUACUGCAGGAAGCACGCGCCGUCCGCGGUGUUGGUGCGGCCUAUCGCGGCGGACUGUGCUGCUGGUCGCUCGUACAAUAGGGGGGAUCGGUGUGUGGUUUGGUGUGGGUUGGGGUCGGGCUGUGUUUUUUGGGUGCUCUUUGCCCAUGAGUACUGCGGGGUGGGGACAGGAGAUAGAUAGAAGCGUCUCGCGCAGCAGUACCGAUGGGUUUCUCUCCUCUCGCCGGUAGCUAGAGAGGGAGGGAGGGAGGGAGGGAGGGAGGGAGAGAGAAAGAGAGAGAGAGAGAGAGAGAGAGCCGACAAACGGGCGGGAGAAUAAUUGUGCUGUGUAGAUUUUCAUGUUCUUCAAGUUCACCUCUUGUUGAUGUUCAUAGAACCAGGGGGGGGGAGAGUAUCUCGGCUUGAAGUCGCGGCGACGACAAGCGGGAAUCGAGGUGGGCGUGUAGAGUUGUGCCUUCGAUGGAUUUGGUCGUUAGCACCGUCCGCCAAAAACGAGCACUACGCGUAGUUGCGCGCAACUGCGUCGCAUCAUGUCGCGCUAGCGUCGGCCUGCCGAUGUUUUUACGGCGGGCGGGUAAAUCGACGGAAUGCGGGUGGGUAGGCGUCAAUAUUAUAUCACAGAGCGUGGGGCGCCCAUGGGUGCGUGUUUGGUAAGUCGCCUUUUUCAAGCGCGGGCGCAGGCGUUGUGUGUGCGUUGGCGCGUGCGUUCGGCAAAACGACGCCGCAUUCUUUCAGGCAGCGCGUUGGUGCCGUGCGCUUUAAACGAGACUGGCAGGUACAGCGAGCGGCGACGUGCCUUCUGCGGCUCAAUCAAGGGGCGGGCGUGGGGCGACCGUUGUACAUAGCCAUGUUCCUGUUCCUUGACCUUCGCCGCGGUACGGGUGGGCUCUAGGUAGAUGCCGUGUGGUUCCAUCGAGGUGAUGCCGUGUCGUUCGCGGAAAGCAGGCGCUGAGGCAAUUGAAGAGGGGAAUCGCGCCGCUAUUAUGGGUUAAUCAUUACGGCCUUUCGGCCAUUGCCGCGGGUGGACAAAGACUAUCAGGACCGUAGAUUUAUGAGUUGGCAUUGUGGAGCACCCCCGUUCGCGUACGUGCGGCCCCUCGUCGUCUGGUCUCACGAUCUCAGUAUGUAGUUCGCCUGGGUCUUUCGGUCUGAUGGAGCGGCCUGUAGAUGUCAAGGGGUGACUUUUUUUUUUUGCCGUUCUCGUCGUCGCUGCUUUGCUGUUGCGCGUAGGCCGUUUUGUUGUCGAGAGGCAGACGUGAAGGAAAGCAAAGUGACCGGACUCACGCACGUAGAGCCUUGCCGUCAGACUGAAGGAUGCGAAACCACGUGUGGACUGCUCUUUGAUUUAUUCUGCGGAAAUACUGCUUUGUUUCUUUUUUCUUUCGGCCUUUACGGAUUUAAUCGUUGGGUAUCUCGAUACCAAGCUUUGGGUUUUUUUCAUACUGUACGCGGGGUGCGUUCGUGGGAGACUUGUCACGUUUCGUACUCGAAACACGAGAUUGCAGGAGGGCCGUAUUCCUAGACGUUCCGUAGGAUGAGUAACGUUAGGCCGAGCGUGGCUGCGUGUAUGGGUAGACUGCUGUAGUGGACAGGGGGAGAAGGUUCUGGAACCUUGGUGUGUGGUUGCUUGCUGUGCAUGCUAACAGAAGCGGGGGGGGAAGGCAUUCUGAUGUUUCGCAUGCCUUAGCUGUUACACCAUGUGACCGCGCGGCCUCGAGAGGAUUGGGCAUGGGGUGGGGGGAGUGGGUGGUUUGGGCCUCCUCGGACAAAUUGGAGAGUGAAGGCGAGAGAGAAGCGUAGGCGGCGGACGUCUCACCCACCUGCCAAGGGUUUUCGGCUAAUCAGAAUUCAACUUGAUCGUAGCAAAACGGUCGACUAAGACACAAACGACGGGCACUCGGUAUUUUCCAUUUAUUGGUGUAGGUGCUCGUGCCUGCCGGUUCUUCGUCAAGAAGCCGGUGCUGCCAUCAGGCAAUGGCCGUAGCACGCAAAGGGUUGUGUCUGAACCACGUGAGAGCUCGCUGUGUGAACCUCACAUUCCUUUACGUGUUUGCACAAUGCAGCAGAUGCUUAUAUGAUUCACGUACACAUGGGUAUCUCCGUCAAACUCUGCUGGUAGCGCCGCCAACAAAAAGUCACGCAAAAGUGAAACAAACAACGUAA